AUGCUUGUCUUCUUUAUUAUCAACUCUCUCUUGUGUGUCCCAAGCACAGCUACCUCUAUAUUGGGAAACCAGACCGACCAUUUGUGGCCUGGAGUUACAUGUGACUCCAUGAAUCAAAGAGUUAUAGAGUUAAACCUAGAAGGAAAACAGUUACAAGGUCUCAUACCACCCCAUAUAGGCAAUCUCUCUUUCCUAACCAGGCUUAACCUUGGAAACAACAGCUUUAGUGGAAAAAUUCCACAAGAACUGGGUCGGUUGUUACAGUUACAAAACUUAUCUCUCACCAAUAACUCUUUGAAAGGAGAAAUACCUGCAAACUUGACAAGAUGUUCUAACCUUAGAGAGUUACACUUGUUUGGUAACAAUUUGAUUGGUGAAAUACCAAUGGAAAUUGGCUACCUGCAAAAGCUUCAAGAACUGACCUUGGCAGUAAACAAUCUCACAGGAGUAAUCCCAUCUUCCAUAGGGAAUCUUUCAUCUCUCGUUUCUCUAUCAAUCGGUGUCAAUUACUUCGAGGGAUAUAUUCCACAAGAAAUUUGUCUCCUCAAAAACUUGUCAUUGAUGUCAUUGCAUGUCAACAAGCUGAUAGGUACAUUUCCUUCUUGUCUUUACAAUAUGUCAUCUCUUACCAUUAUUUCAGCUGCAGACAAUCAAUUUAAUGGCUCCCUUCCACCAAACAUGUUCCACACUCUCCCUAAUCUCCGAGAAUUCCUUGUUGGUGGGAAUCAUAUCUCAGGUUCAAUCCCAACUUCCAUUGCAAAUUCAUCUGUCCUCCAAACACUUGAUGUUGGUACAAAUCAUUUACAGGGCCAAGUUCCAAGUCUUGGAAAGCUGCAAUACCUUUGGUUCCUUAGUCUGUAUAGUAAUAACUUAGGUGACAAUACGACAAAGGACUUGGAGUUUUUAAAAUCCUUAGCCAAUUGUAGCAAGUUAGAAGUGGUUUCUAUUUCCUAUAAUAGUUUUGGAGGUAGUUUGCCGAAUUUUAUGGGAAAUUUAUCCACCAAACUUAGUCAAUUAUAUCUUGGGGGUAAUCACAUAUCAGGAAAAAUUCCUGCAGAAAUAGGCAAUCUAGUUAGCUUAACUAUCUUGACCAUGGAAAUUAACCACUUUGAAGGAGUUAUUCCAGCCACUUUUGGAAAGUUCCAGAAACUACAAAAGUUGGAGUUAAGUAGGAACAAGUUGACAGGAGAUAUUCCAGAUUUUAUAGGCAACCUCACUCAGUUGUAUUAUUUGGGCAUGGCAGAAAAUAUGUUUGAAGGAAAGAUUCCUCCAAGUAUAGGAAAGUGUCAAAAUUUGCAAUACCUUAACCUUUGGAAAAACAACCUUGUAGGAAGCAUACCCUUAGAGGUUUUUAGUCUUUUCUCGUUAACAAACUUACUGGACUUGUCACAAAAUUCACUGAGUGGUAGGCUUCCUGAUGAAGUUGGCCGGUUAAAAAAUAUAGGAAAGAUGAGUGUGGCCGAAAAUAAUCUGUCUGGUGAAAUCCCUGAAACCAUUGGAGACUGUAUAAGCUUGGAGUACCUUUGUCUGCAAGGAAAUUCCUUUCAUGGAAUCAUACCUUCCUCUUUAGCUUCACUCAAAGGUCUUCGAGUAUUAGACAUGUCACGAAAUCUUCUGAAUGGAUCAAUUCCUAAGGAUCUACAACAUAUUUCUUUCUUAGAAUACUUCAAUGUAUCUUUUAACAUGUUGGAGGGUGAAGUACCACUGGAAGGUGUCUUUCAAAAUGCAAGUGAGUUAGCCGUGGCUGGGAACAAUAAGCUCUGUGGGGGUGUUUCACAGUUGCAUCUACCACCGUGUCCUAUCAAAGGUAAGAAACCUUCAAAACACUUGAAUUUUCUAUGGAUCGCAAUGGUGGUAGUUAGUGCAGUUGUUUUUCUUCUCGUUCUGCCAUUUUUUGUAUCUAUCUACCGGUUGAGGAUAAGAAAGCACAAAAAUCCAUCGUCUGAUUUGCCAAUUAUAGACCCAGUGGAUAAGGUUUCAUACCAAAACCUACACCAAGGAACCGAUGGGUUUUCAGUUAAAAAUUUGAUAGGAUCUGGAAGUUUUGGCUCCGUAUACAAAGGGACUAUUGAGUUAGAAGGAGAAGAAAAUGUUGUAGCCAUAAAGGUUGUAAACCUUCAACAGAAGGGAGCUCAAAAAAGUUUCAUUGCCGAAUGUAAUGCGUUGAAAAAUAUUAGGCAUCGGAACUUGGUGAAGACUGUAACAUGUUGUUCUAGCAUAGAUCACAGAGGCCAAGAAUUCAAAGCUCUUGUUUUUGAGUACAUGAUAAAUGGAAGUCUAGAAAGAUGGUUGCAUCCAGAAAUAGAAACCUCAAAGCAGCCCGCUAGAUCAUUAAACAUUGACCAAAGAUUAAACAUUAUCAUUGAUGUUGCUUCUGCUAUUCACUAUCUUCACUACGAAUGUGGGCAAGCCAUUAUUCACUGUGAUUUGAAGCCAAACAAUGUUCUUCUCGAUGAUUGUUUGGUAGCUCAUGUAAGCGACUUUGGUUUAGCUAGAAGACUCGCAGCUAUUGCAGUUUCUCCAAAACAAACUAGCACUAUUGAAAUAAAGGGCACAGUUGGUUAUGCUCCUCCAGAAUAUGGAAUGGGAUCAGAGGUGUCUGUAGAAGGCGACGUGUACAGCUUUGGAAUUAUGGUUUUGGAAAUGUUGACAGGGAGAAGACCAAUAGAUGAAAUGUUUGAAGAUGGUCUUAAUCUCCAUAACUACGUCAAAAUUUCAAUUCCAAACCACCUUCCCCAGAUUGUGGACCCAACUAUUCUUCCAAAUGGAAUAAAGGUGGCUGCUGAUAGCCAAAAUCUUCUUCCAAUGCAUCCUUUGGUAGAGAAAUGCUUACUACCACUUUUUAGGAUUGCACUUGCUUGUUCAAAGGAGUUGCCGAAAGAAAGAAUGAGUAUGGUUGAUGUCAUUAGGGAGCUUCAUUUGAUCAAAAGUUCCUUUUCAUCAUGA